GUACCCCAGUGCGUUGUUGAUUUCUGACAGCGUCAGGAGCUCUACCGCAGUUUUCAGCAAGUGCUUGUAGCUAGUCGCAUCGCGUGUUCCCAGAUGAUACGAUCGCAAUUGUUAUUGUUGGUGUUCGGUACCAUUUCGAUUACCGCCAUCGGCUCUACCACUUCCGGUAGAUUUAUCGAACGAUGGAAAAUUCGUCGCGACGAAAGCGUAGUACGCAAGCAUCGAUUGCGCGAGUUGAGUGGAUUACCAGUGAGGAGUUUCUUUGACCUGCAGGACCCGAUAGAAGACACCAGCAAAAAUAUCACGCAACUGCAAAGCAACCCCCAGCUAACGGAAGCGUCUUCGGAGGACUUCUCUAACGCUAGAAUCAGCGAAAACGAUCUGAUACAGGCCGCUUUGGGCCAGCAUCAGCGAACACUAUCUCGGGGAGCGAUCUUCAAGCAAAAUGUGAUCUUUCGGUUCUACCACGGGGGAAACCUCACAAAAACCAUCAACGUUGACAACCAACCACUGUUGGCCGGAAGCACAUGCGCUACAACGGAAAAGUUUUCCCUAAUAGUUCACGGGUGGCACGAAAAUUGCUACGAAACGUUUUGGAUCAAAGAUCUACGGGAAAAUCUCAACAUUUACCGUGGUGGCUGCGUCAUCUGUAUGGACUAUUCCGUUUUCGCUGGUAACAGUUACCCGUAUCUGUUCCGAAGGUUCAAUGACAUCAGCGCGGUCCUGCUGAAGUUCCUCCGAACGCUGCAGUACGAGGGAAUGCAGUUCGGCAAUCUGUACAUGUUCGGAUUCAGCUUCGGUGGUCAGUUGGUGCUGGAUGCCGGCAACCAAAUUGGAUACAAUGCUAUCGAGACAAUCGAUACCUGUGACAUGGCGGGUGUUGGUUUCGAUCAAGAUCGCUUCUUCAAGGGAAUUCAUUUCCGAAAGGCAGCCAAAAAUGUACAAUGUAUACACACUAGCACGGACAAAGGUACCAAGCUGAUGGAUAAAUGCCAUCAAGAUUGGCGCAUGGGACAAUGCGGUUUUCGGCAACCAGCAGCCAGUAAGCCCCCCUUGGGGUCGCACGGUUUGUGUCCGGUUUUCUACAAUUUGGCGUUUAAAGUGAAAUUUUUGGCAGAAGAAAAACCACAGGAAUGCAGCAUUCUACGGGAGCCUACGGCUAGCUACCCUAAGGGAUAUCAAAUGGGUUAUCUGGAAAAACGAAAAGGAGAGGUGAGGGGUGAGUUGUUUGCUCAAACUGCGGAGAAUUUCCCAUUUACGGCAAUCAAUGAUGUGUGUUGCAGUUAAGGAGAAGAUUAUACAUGAUUACACUGGAACCGGUUUGCUGACCAUUGCAGACUCUCGACUGCUCACAUGACUACAGAUGAUUAUGAGCAUAAAAUAAUUCGAAUCAAUAUUCGUUUUUUUUUCUUGUACCUUAGGAUGAUCUAGUAUUAAAGUAUUGUCGGUGUGGUAUUCUUCUGUCAUUAAAAUUAAAUUGGAUAACUUUCACUGAGUGACGAGAAAUA